AUGCCGCGGAAGAGACAAUACCAUUUCCUUUUCUCUGCGUUUCCCGCCUGGGGCCAUACCAGGGCGUUUUGUAUCCUGGCCGCGCGUGUUGUAAAAGAAACAGAGAAUAUCACAUUCACGCUGUUGCUCUCUCCCAAUCAUCUCGCAAAGGCUAGGGCAGAAAUGACGGCAGAGCUUGGUUACGAGAUGCCAGAUGACAGGCUGAGAGUCCUUUCACCGUGCAAGACAGAUUCAGAUGAUGCAUUCAUCCUUAUUCCGCUGAUGGUUCAAACAUAUCCAGAGGCUUACCGAGCCUUAUCCGAGGCUAAACCCGGUGUCUGCGCUAUGACGGGAAAAAUAUUCAAUGCUAUCGAUGCACCAGACAUUGUAUUCUUAGAUGUCUACACCAGUCCACAGAUGCUCGCAACGCGUGCCAUCACAGGACAGAAGGUACCAAUAAUUGCUUCAGUUCCCUUACACGCUUCAUGCGUGAUUCACCUGUACGGUCCUGAGAGACUGGGAGGAAAUGGGGACCUGAGCGGUAAAAUUGAAGCAGAAGCUACUCGACGAGGUGUCACACCGAGAGAAAUUGGUGACUCGAUUUUUUAUCAUACCGAGGGUAAGGUCAUCAAGGUCCCAGGUCUUCCUGACAUGUACGACUGGGAACAUUUUCCACAACUUCCAGACGCGUUCCAGAAUACGGUAUCUGAUGUUAUAAAGCUAGCAUACAAAGGGUUACAGGAGUGCAAUUCCGUUUUUUCACUCACGGCGGAAGACUUUGAACCCGUAUCGGUGGAUGCCUUGAAAUCAUGGAUACUAGAGGAAUGGGACAAGGAAGUAUUUGUUGUAGGCCCUCUUCUUCCUUCCAAACCAACAACGUACGGAAUUGAAUCCGAUGGUGGCGGUCAUGAAUCAUCAGAGAUACAAGAUUUUCUAACAAAAACCUUGAAGCUUCACGGAGAGAAAUCCCUGGUUUUAAUUUCAUUUGGGACCCUAUUCUGGCCCUCAAUUGUGGAGUAUCUUGAAGAAGUCGUCGAAGCGUUAAUAGAGAAAGACUUCCCAUUUAUCAUAUCAUACGCAUCACCCUUUGGAAAGAUAUCCGACUCCUUAAUCGAUAAAAUUCGUCUGGCUGGCUAUGGCUUGAUCUCAAAAUGGAUCCCACAAAAAUUUGUUCUCGACCAUCCAGCCACAGGAUGGUUUGUCACUCAUGCCGGGCAAAGUGGUGUGUUAGAGUCCCUCGAUAGCGGUGUCCCAAUGAUAUGCUGGCCGUUUGAAUUCGACCAGCCACUAGCCUCUGCGCAUCUCUCAGAAAAUCUGGAUAUAGCAUUUGAGCUAAUUGAAGUUAGAACAGGGGAACAUGGCAUUAAACCCUUGAUGAGAAACGGAAGGGUACCAAAACGGUCCCGUGAUGCCGUUGGAAUCGAAAUUCGGGACAUACUGGAGAAGUGUCGUGGGCCCAAAGGAGCAGUCUUGAGGGAAAAUGCCCAAAAUAUGAAGGCAAGACUAAAGCAAGCCUGGGAACCUGACGGAGUCGCCAGAAGGGACUUCAACACUUUCUUGAAGAAGUAUGGAAUUAAUACUUGA